AAUGCUUGCUGUGUUGUGUUACGUACUGGUUGUGUUGUCAACAUUGGUGGACUCCGCCACCCUGAUAGUAGACACACCCCUGGGGAAGAUCCGAGGAAUGGAGGUGACAGCCAACAACAGCAAGACCUACUGGUCCUUCCGUGGAAUUCCCUACGCCAAACCUCCGCUUGGAAAACUUCGCUUCGCUAAACCCGUGGCUUUGACUUAUCAAGAUAAAAUCAUUGACGGUACAGCACCUGGGAAAUCUUGCAUCCAAGCACCGAUGAUACUGUCUAAAGACGUCACGUCAGAGGACUGUCUCUUCCUCAACGUAUACACCAAACACGUGGACUUGAACAACCCCAAGAAGGUCCUCGUCUGGAUUCACGGUGGUGCGUUCUUGUUCGGCUCUUCUUCUAUCGACGCCGGCACUUUCGUCACAGAUCAUGACGUCAUUGUCGUGACGCUCAACUACCGGUUGGGGCUUCUGGGAUUUUUCAGCACUGAAGACAACGCAAGUCCUGGGAAUUACGGUCUGUGGGAUCAGGCUAUGGCAAUCAAAUGGGUCAAGUAUAACAUCGGAGCUUUCGGCGGUGACCCGGAUGAUAUCACGAUCUCCGGUGAAUCGGCUGGAGGUGGGUCUGUUUCCCUGCUGUCCCUCAGCCCAGUGACGAAAGGUUUGUUCACCAAAGCCUACUCACAGAGUGGAGCUGCGAAUUCUUUGUUUGCGAAAUACAGCAACCCAAGAUCUGCGGCACUGGAAAUCGCCAAAUCUUUUAAUUGCUCAGAUGGUCACGAGAUUAAAGGGAACACAACCUCCUCCAAGUUGAUAAUCGAUUGCCUCCGCACAAUACCGGCCGAUGCUUUUGUUCAUUUAAACCUUUUUGAAGGAUUUCGGGCGAAGAUGACACCCCGUGCUGACGGUGAAUUCCUGCCGAGAACACCACUUAGCCUCAUUAAAGAUACCUAUUACCUGGAACAGAUUGGCUUCUACAACAGGACCUACCUCGUCGGUCUCAACAACAACGAAAAGACAACGAUAGAACCUUUUCAUUAUGGAACAUUGCAGGCAAUUUUCGAAAACGUCACUCUAAAUGACUCACAGAAAGAAAAGCUUUGGCAAGACUAUCAACAGAAAACAUACUCAACCGUUAUCUCAGAUGGUUUAGAACUCGAAACCCUCCCUAACCAUAUCUUGCAGACGGUGGUCGACUGGUAUGAAGACAGAAACACUAUUUACACGGCCAUACCUGAGAUAGUAACUGACCUACAGUUCUACAUCCCGACCUUCCAGGUCUUGAACGCCAUCGCUAGGAGCAAGACAACGGACGCCUGGCUGCUGUACUUUAACUACUACCCCCACUACAUGAGAGGGGACGCCAGGGGUAUGGUACACGCCCUGGACCUCUCCUACUGGCUCGACACCCCAGCGGACGAGCUCCAAAAAAUGCUCAGCUCCAAAACUCCUACCAACUUUGACGCCCGAGACAAAAGAGUAAAGGCGAGGUUAGCGGCCAUCGUUGCAAGCUUUGUAAAUAAUGGACACCCAAGCCUGGCCUUGCGUGACAUCAUCCCCACUGGAUGGCCGACCUAUGACCUUCUCCAUGCCCAGUAUCUGGACUUCAACGAGAGCCCAACAGUACAGACACAUCUGAUGAGAGAACAACGGGAACUCUGGGAAAAAACGGUCGCCUCACUCAUCGCCAGAUCGCAACAUAACACUCCUAAUCACAGCGACCCUUGCAGUUAAUGAUUAGGGUCUUUUAAACAGAAUGCAUCAUAUUCUAUAAUUGUAGCGCU